UGCAACCUGUUAUAUGAGCUCGAUCAGCUUGAUCAAUUGUGUUGGUCCAUCAAUGGGUGAAUUCCCAAUGUGCAGGAAGAAACUGGAAGGCAAAGUGGCCGUAGUUACCGGUGGUGCAAGUGGCAUUGGAGAGGUAACUGCAAGACUUUUUGCCAAUAAUGGUGCACGUAUGGUGGUGAUUGCUGACAUCCAAGAUGAACUAGGCCAAAAAAUAGCCAAAUCCAUUGGCUUGAACACUGCUGCCUACAUCCAUUGCGAUGUUAGCGAUGAAGAGCAAGUGAAAGCUAUGGUGGAAUGGACGGUCCAAAACUACAAGCAGCUGGACAUCAUGUUCAGCAAUGCUGGGGUUUACAGCAAGUCUAACCAGACAAUUCUUGAUCUUGAUUUCCCAAGCUUUGAAAACCUGUUUGCAAUCAACGUUCGUGGUAUGGCUGCUUGUGUAAAGCAUGCGGCGCGCGCAAUGGUGGAAGGGCACGUCAGGGGAAGCAUUGUGUGCACGGCGAGUGUGGCUGCUAGCUGUGGAGCGAAGAAGCACAUUGAUUAUUUCAUGUCAAAGCAUGCAGUGCUGGGCCUGGUUCGAUCGGCAAGCAAGCAGCUUGGGGUGCAUGGCAUCAGAGUGAACUGCGUGUCACCUUACGUGGUUGCUACGCCAUUGACGUUGCAAGCACUUGGGAUGGACGCCGAGCAAGCUGAGGAAGUGGAGAAGAUUUAUGAGCCCUACGUUGUCUUGAAAGGGGCUCUAUUGAAAGCGAAACAUGUUGCCGAUGCAGUGCUGUUUCUUGCAUCUGAUGAUUCCGAGUGUGUCACAGGACACAACCUUGUCGUUGAUAGAGGCUACCUAGGCGCUACCUAAAUAGUCAACUUCCAAAACAGUCCAAAAACAAAAAAUGCUAUAAUAGAACUUGUCAUGUGACCGAGAUGUACUACGUACCUAACGUAUAAAUUAAUAGAAUAAUGUAAAAUGUGAUAGGCAUGUGUGAUGAUACCUGCAUGCAGCGUGUACACACACACACAUAUAUAUAUAUAUAUAUAUGUAUAUGUAUCUUAGCAUGUUGAACCAAUUAAUAUAUA